AUGUCCUACAAUCAUGGGAGUCAAUAUUUAGAGCGCCAAUAUGGCCAAUACAACCAAAAUCCGCCGAGGCCACCAUACCAGCAAGGGCACUCCUCGACAUUACAAUCCGGUCAAAAUACGGUCAUCCGCCGGACUCCAAGCUUCGACCCUGGUGAUGAUUCUGCUCGUCUUGAACCCGGCUCAUCCCCUGGUCAGUACUCCGGCAGCUACGAAACGAGAGGGUCCGCAGAUUACCAGAAUAAUGAACUUCACUUGAACCCGCAAAGCCCGUCUUACCCACUACGAUCCACUUCAUAUGGCAACCAAUUACCUUAUCGACAGCAACAGCCUGCUAUCGCUAGCCACACGCAACCACCAUCCACCUACACCUCAUAUACGCCACCUGCUCCUCCCGCUCCGCCUUUCUCUCCUGGACGUGAUGCAUUUCCCCCACAGACACCUUCGUCCGUUUCCUCUCAACAACAAGUUGCAUCCACAUCUCCGACGGAGUAUCGAGGAGGUUCUCUAGGACCCUCGUCGCGUCCCCAAAGUCAAAUGCUCUCCUCAGAUGGUUUCCAUCCGCCCAGAGAACUGCCAAUGCCAUCACCAUCAAUACAUCGAAGACCAGUGGGAAAUAAUGGUCCGUUACCUCCAACACCAGAGACACCAGGACCAACACCACCUGCGCAUUCUCCACAACGCAAUAAUACACUUGGCCGCCAUCCCCAUUCAAGGCCUUUGCCCCAAGCGCCCUCCGCUAAUGAUGGCUAUUUUGGGCAUGCUGCCGCCGAGAGCAACGAGGAUUAUGAUCAACAGCAAGGCUACGAGGAUCUCAUGCAGGAAGUGGAAGCUGCUGUGAUGGGUAGAGCUCCGCCUUCUAGAGCACGAAGAAGCGAGAGCGACUCAAGAGCACUGCCGCAUCCGGUAAGACAAGAUACGAGAUCAUCACAGGUGUCGUCUCAGCACUCGACCCCUUACGAGCAAGUAAACGGUAAUGUUGAUCAGGCUGACGACGAUCGAAAUUUCAAUUAUGACGCUUACAGCGACGACAGUGACGCGGAGGCGGAAGCUGGCUUAGCUGCCAUGCGUUCAGCUGAUGAGCAAGACGCUGCGGAUGCUGCCCGAAGAGAGAGCCACGAACAUUCUCGUAGAUCACAAGGCUCUCAGCGUCUGGUUGGACUCAACCGCGGAUCUCCGGGGAACAGUGACAAUGGUAUUUCAGUGGACAUGAGCACGUAUGGAGGUGACUUUCCAGGCGGUUUCCACUAUGGGGACAAUGUUGCUUCAAAUGAGCAAGCAAGCCCCUCAACAAACAGAAAUGAUGCCUUUGCCGAAGACAGGCUGUCCAGACGCUCUGAUACUUCCGCAUUCACAUUACCAGUCGGCACGGAGACUUAUGACUUCCCCCUAUACCAGCAACCAUUUGUACCUGCGCGCGUAGAUACUUCAGGGACAGGAGGACUUUCAGAGCCUUCAGCUCACCCAAGACGUCAUAGCUUCGAGGAUGGUGAUGAAGCAACUUUGGUGGAUACAGAAAGCUCUUAUCCCUCCGGCACUCCAAGUCCCUCGAAAGAAGAGAUUCCAGACAUGUUUUUCCACCCUAGCUCUAGAGGUGGGCGACCUCUACCGGCAGCGCCAGUUGAUCAUUCGGUCCCGCAGCUCAUGCCUGCGGGAACGUACAAGGAUCCAGAAAAGUUACUUCAGUAUGACGAGCUUGGCCAUCUUCGAUAUCCCAUGGCACCUGAUGCUUACAGCCAAACUCUGACUCCUGGAGGAACUCCUGUCCCACGUUCAUCUUCCUUAAUCAGCCGGGGUAGUCAACCUCAAGCUGCGCAACCUAUUCGUUCCAAAACAGACGCUGAUCGGCAAAGGAUUUUGUCCCAGCAAUCACAACAAUCCGGCUAUCGUUCUGCAUCUAUAUAUACUCCUGAUUCGUUUGCUGACCCAAAUGCCUACGCAAGUACCGAAUUAGACCUUCCAUCGAUACCUGUCGGCAAACGCAGGAGAUUCAAUCCUGCCAAGCUUUCUUCGAAUGAUUUCAAAAAGUGCCUCGAGCCCUGGGCGCUCAGUUCAGUCGUUGCAUGGUUGAAAGAGAUGACUGAGGGCGAGGCUGAUCUUAAAGAGACUGCGGUAGUCGACGGAAUAGUUGCCCUUUUCACUCACAAAGUACCAACAAUGAACACAGCCGAUGCAGAAGUCCUUGGUGCAAAGGUCGUAUGCGCAAUGUUCGACUCAGGGACGCUUCUCAAGGACGAGGAAUGGGUCAAGUUUGGGACCGAAGAGAUGUCAGGCGUCUUCUAUCAAUUAACGGGGACUGGGUGCUAUUCAACAAGAGUACACACUGAGCCACUUCCAGGCCGAUGCUAUUCGCACCAUUGUAUGAGAACCCUGAAGAAGAUAAAUUUGCAAACACAGGUUCUAGAGCCCCAACGCAAACAAGAGGACUGGUUCACUUUUUACAAGCUUCAGAAGGAGGAUCUUGAAAGAGCAGAUAAGAAAGAUGUUGAACGGCAAAAUAACUUACACGAGAUUGUGACGACCGAAGACAACUUCAUCGACCAAUUGAAUGUGCUCCGAGUGCUAUACAGAGACGAAUUGGUGAGGUGGCAGCCUCCAAUAAUUGCUCCGCAACGUAAAGACAAGUUCAUGAAAGAUGUUUUCAGUAACGUGGAUACAAUCAAGCAGGUCAACGAAGAUCACUUGCUUGCUCAGUUAAAAUAUCGCCAGCAAGAAGAAGGGCCUUGGAUCACAGGCUUUAGUGAUGUAUUUCGAGAAUGGAUUCGGAAGGCCAAGACCGCAUAUGUUGAUUAUGCUGCUAAUUACCCCAGUGCUGUCUAUCUUAUGAAGCAAGAACAAACUCGAAACCUCCUUUUCAAUCAGUUUUUGCAACAAAUGCAAGAUAACGAGCGCUCGAAGAGGUUAGGAUGGGACACCUACCUCAAAGCACCCAUCACACGACUUCAGCGAUACGGCCUGCUCCUAUCUACGGUGCACAAACACAUGAUCAAAGAAUCGGAAGAAAAACGCAAUCUUGCGAUAGCAAUAGAAGAGAUCAAGAUAGUAACUUUUGAAUGCGACACCAAAGUUGAGGAAAUGUCAAAGAUUGUGGACUUAGCAAUCCUGCAAACGAAAUUGAAAUUGCGCCCAGGUAUGGAUCAAACGCUUCUCAACCUCACCCAUCUAGGGCGAGAGAUCAUCUAUGAUGGCGAUUUACAAAGACUUGGUUCUACCAAGCUAUCGUGGGUAGAUGCACAUGCCAUCCUUUUCGACCAUUACUUUGUACUUGCCAAAAUAGUGGAAGAUAAACAUCCGACAGGCGGUGAGAAGGGCGUGAGAUUCGAUGUUUCAAAGGAGCCUAUACCUAUGGACCUACUCGUUCUUGAGAACACAAAUGAUGAUCCUGUCAACAAGUCGAAAAUGGGCACCGUAACAGCUGUCGCUCCGAGAGGAGGCAUUUCUAAUGACACACGUGCCGGGCGGCAGUCAGCACCCAAUGGUACAGCUGGACCUGGGACCUUGGGGCAUGUAGAUUCAAGUUCGUCUGUCGCAUCAAAUGCCUCUGUCAAAACAAUGGUUCCCUCAACCAACCUUGACGUUGGAAAGACUGAGAACUUGAUGUGGCCAUUUAAGGUCCGACAUUUAGGUCGCAACGAAGGGUUCACGUUGUACGCUGCGACGAAGGCGAAUAGGCAAGAGUGGGCGAAGAAAAUUCUGGAGGCAAAGACUCGACAUGCUGCAUCACUAUACAAACAGAACGCCGAACCCUUCCGGCUUCGCGUCAUUGCAGACACGGCUUUCGCUUACGACGGCAUGACGGCUUCAGGGAGGGGCACUGCAAUCAAAGGCACUCCACUUGAUAGAGCGAUCAGAGAGGUGGAAAAGGAUUUUGAAGGCUCGCAACGGCCGAACCCUGUCUGUAGGGCUACGGUGAAUUGCGCGACCGCUUUCGCUCAUCCUAACGGGACCAAGAUGUUGGCUAUAGGGUCCGACUACGGUGUCUAUAUGACAGACUAUCAUAAUUCCCGUGGUUGGUCUAGAAUUAUAGCUGCACAGCGUGUUACUCAAAUCGCCGUCCUCGAGGAGUUCAGUCUAAUGCUCAUCCUAGCGGAGAAAACUCUGGUCGCUCACCAUCUUGACACUGUCUUGUCACCCAAUCACUUGGCCAACAACAGCAAUACCUCAUCUCACCAACAUGCACCUCAAAAAUUAAGCGGAGCGCGCGACAUCGGAUUUUUCGCUCAUGGCCGAAUGAAAGACCGGCAAUUGAUUUUCUACAAAAAGCGAGAAGGUGUAACGUCCGUUUUCAAGGUUCUGGAGCCCGUUUACCAACGAACCGCCUCCAUUGGCUCUGCCAGCUCGACGAGCUCUAUGAGGAGUAGACUCAUGGGUGGCAUGCGAAGUCUGGCGAAAGCAGGGACAACAGAAUCAUUCAGAGAUUUCGAUGAAUUCUACAUCGGCUCGGAUACCUAUGCCAUCAACUUAUUUCAUAGUAGCCUCGCAAUUGCAACAGCCCGUGGAGGGAUCGAAGUCAUGACUUUAGACAAGAAAACGCCGAUCUCGGUGCCUGACCUCAAGGCUCCGGGCGUCGCUAGUAUUGCAGCUCGCAUUCGUGACAUGAAGCCGCUAGGCAUGUUUCGGCUCUCUGAGUCAGAAUUCCUCCUUGCGUAUGAGGAAGUCGGGGUGUACGUCAACAAACACGGGGAUGUCUCCCGCGGCGUGAUCAUGGAGUAUGUCGGUCGUGCUAAGCAGGCGUGUCUUGUGGGCGCCAUGUAUCUGAUCCUGGUGGAUUACUAUAGCCUUUAUAUUGAAGUAAGAAAUGCGAUCAAUGGCCGCCUGAGACAGGUGAUUAGCGGAAAGGAUGUGAGACUGCUGGACGACGGAGGACCGCCAAAUCAGAAUAAUCGGGCAAGCGGGGCGCCAGGCACUCCCACGAUGGGUGCAUUUGGGAGCCCGGAAACAGUCAAAAUAUGCAUGCAGCAUCCGGAGUGGGAACGUAGUCAGAUCGUGUUGGAAAUGAUCGUUAAUGAGGGUCUGAAAGAAUGA